CUUUGGCGCGGCCGACGAGAGCAACGCAUGUCAAUCGCGCGAGUUGCCUUUCGCUCGAAGCCCUCGAGUCAGCAGCAGCUACGUAUCUCGUGAGUACAUCGGCUGCGAAUCCAUCCGCUGAUCGAGAGAGAAUAAGGGCCAAGAGACGAGUAGAAUUAUUAAAAAUCGAGUGCGAGUAUCGCUGAACAAUCAGGCGUAACUUGUGCUCUGAGAUAUACGACGCAUUCCAGGAGCGGCCGAGCAGCGGCAUGCAGUGGGGAGGCCCGAGGGCUAGGCGGCUGCUGCUGGCCGCGGCGCUGCUGGCCGCCGCCGGCCCGCCGCGGGCGCGCGGCAAGGACAUCACGCACGAGGACAUCAAGGACGCGAUGUUGAGCCUGGUGCACCUGAUGCGCGACAACACCGAGAAGCUGGAGCGUCACGAGGCGCGCGACCGCCAGACGGACGAGCAGCUGAAGAAGGCGCUGGGCCUGCUGACGAAGCGCGCGGCAGGCGCGGACGUGCUCAAGUCCCACCUGGCGAAGCUCGAGGAGCGCGUGGCCGGCGUGGAGCAGCUGCUGGCGCAGCGCGACGAGCGCGAGCGCGCGCAGCUGCAGAAGACGGCCGACGGCCUGGAGGAGCUGCAGAGCCGCCUGGAGGGCUGGGCCACGGAGGUGCAGGCCAAGGUGGCCGAGGCCGCGGGCCGCGACGAGGCCCGGCUGGAGGCGCUGGCGGCGCGGCUGCCCGACGGCGCGCAGCUGCUGGACGAGCUGCGCCGGGCGGCCCGCGUCCUCGGGCGCAUCGACGAGCGCACGGGCCCCGCGGCGGCCGCCGACGCGCGCCCGCCCGCCGCCGAGGCGGCGCUGGAGCUGCUGCGCGAGCUGCCCAGGGCCGGCGAGCUGCGCGCGAUGCACGAGCAGGCGCAGGCCGCGGCGCUGGAGACGCGCCGGCUGCUGGCCGAGGCCGUGGGCGCGCGGCUGGCCGACGACGGCCGGGCGCUGGGCGCGCUGCGCGCCGACCUGGCCGAGGGCGCGCGCAGUCUGGGCGCCGAGCUUCAGCAGCUGGGCAAGGGCCAGGCCGUCAUGAUGGAGAUGGCCGACCAGGUGCUCGACACGAAGAAGCGCUUGGAGCACGCGACGCGCGUGCUGCGCGAGGUGGGCGAGCUGGUGGUGGCCCAGGGCGCCGGCAUCAACGAGACGCUGCACGCGCGCUUCGACGGCAUCUCCGCCGACAUCAUGGACAACCAGAACGGCGCGCUGGCCAACCUCACGCUCAAGAUGGAGCAGGAGAUGAACCAGGUCUGGCGCCAGAUCAACGUCAUGUACCAGCAGAUGAUGCAGAGCGCCAAGGCGCUGGACCGGCUGCACAAGCAGAACGAGGCCUACGCCAACGGCACCACCGAGACCAUGGACGGCAUGGAGAGCAAGGUUGGCGAGAUCACCAAGCGCAUGGCCGAGGUCGACACCAACCUCAACUACCUACUGGGCCGGUUGUCGCUUGUCACGCAGGAGUUCAACCAGAUCAAGGAGGGCCUGGGCGCGGCCCUCGACAACAUCAAGGCCUCUUUCCGGGAGGUGCAGCAGCGGGCCAACGACCUCAGUCCAGGUCCGCACCCGCUGCCCCCCGACUACAGCGAGCCCGUGUCCGAGUCGCCCGAGCCCGAGGCCCAGCCUGCUGCCUUCGGCGUCGAGUUGCCCCCUUCGCGGCGCUGAGCGCGUGCCUCGACAUCCGCCGGAUAUGCGAGAAGCCUACUCGCCGAUUGUAUCGUUUGCUAUUCUCACAAUGUUGCUCUCAUCUGAUCAAUAAACAAAUUCAGUCAACAACACGUAUAGCCACUGCAGACCGUUCGAACUGCCGAGUGUGCGUGCGAAUAGGGCGGUUGGAGGCGACAAACAAAGAGAGCAACGUUUAGUAGGAUUAAAAUACUAGUAUGGUGCGCGUGUGACUCUACGCUCCUCGCCAGUGUCGAUGAAAGACACUAUCCUUGCGCUCUCUCUCUCUCUCUCUCUCUCUCUCUCUCUCUCUCUCUCUCUCUCUC